AUGGGGUUCCCGCAGACGUUUCUGAAAAAUGAGACCGGCAAAUCCGAACCAAGUUUUCAGCAAGAUCAGAAGCCCCAAACCCCCGAUCCAGACAAAGAAGCUGGCAAAGAAGCUGGCAACGAAGCAGAAAAUCAUGCAUCCCGACAGACCGGUACCUUUUCCGCGCUAGGCCACAUUCGAUCCUAG